UGACUGACACUAUUUCAUUUUCCAGGCAAUAAUUGAACAUGGAGCCCUUGGAUAGACUGGAGAACCUUGCCUCAAGCCUUGAGACAGUGGCAUUGAAUGGUUUUCAGGCUCCUACAGUUGACAAUGGACAGAAGGACAACUCACCUGCAGAGAUACUAAGGUUUCUCCUCAAUUCUGAUCUAUGGACGUUUCAUAUUUACAGUUAGUGAACAUAUCAAUCAUUCUACAAUACUUUGAGAUGAAUAUGUAUAAUUCAGUAUGACCAUUUAAUAGCCAACCCCUUGUCAUAGAGUAUGUAAUAUAUGAGGUAGAUACAGGUAACUGCCAAAAUAAUGGAAACACUAGAGUAAAUGAAGGAUGCAACCCAAUUGAACACCUAUGGGAGAUUCUGGAGUGGCGCCUGAGACAGCAUUUUCCACCACCAUCAACAAAAUACCAAAUUAUGGAAGAAUGUUGUCGCAUCCUUCCAGCAGAGUUCCAGACACGUCUAUGCCAAGGUGCGUUAUUGCCAGAAGAUACCAACCCUACCGUUACGCUUGUUUACACUGAGCUGCACUGAGGUCGGAAUGCAAUCAUUGUUACAUUAAGACACUGUGGAGCCAGCGUGAGAUAUGGGUCGGAAAACGUACCUCAAUGCAGGGAUGGGAUAUGCCACUGUACUCCAAAUUUUACCUUUAUCCACAGUGCUCCAUUGAGAAGAUUGAAAUACUGCUAGUUUUCUGGAAAACUGCCCUUUUCGUCCUCAUGCUAGCUACCAGUAGCCACAGCAGCCAUUAUGGAAUGGCACGCUGCAUUGAACAACCAAGGAGCUGAAUGGCUGACACUGCCAUUCCAAAAUUGCUGCUGUGGCUGGCUGGGUCAUUCUCACAAAACAAAAAAAAACAAAAAAUGUAUUUCAUUUUUCACAAAAUGUAUGCUUGAAUCACUGAGAUUAGGAUCUGUACUUAUUUAUUGCAUAAUUAUUAUUUUUGAUCCGAUUUAUUAUGCAUUUUACAAACUUUCACAAACUUCUCAUUACCUUAACAGUUUUCAAAGUCCAAAAAAAGUUAUAAACAAAUAUUUGUAAUAUUUUUCAACAUUGCUCCCCUAAUGAAAAGGCCUGAGUUAAACAUAACACUGAAAAUUAAAAUAUUUCAAAUGAAAAUAUACAAUUAUUAUAAAAUUACAGACUUUUUCCCAAUUUGAGCUCUUUAGCCGUUUCGGUAAUGAGAAGGCCAAGUGGGGUAAAGGGGGUGUUUUGAGAAUAAGAACCUAAUUCUGAAGGCAUAUACAGUGGGGGAAAAAAGUAUUUAGUCAGCCACCAAUUGUGCAAGUUCUCCCACUUAAAAAGAUGAGAGAGGCCUGUAAUUUUCAUCAUAGGUACACAUCAACUAUGACAGACAAAAUGAGAAAAAAUAAUCCAGAAAAUCACAUUGUAGGAUUUUUAAUGAAUUUAUUUGCAAAUUAUGGUGGAAAAUAAGUAUUUGGUCACCUACAAACAAGCAAGAUUUCUGGCUCUCACAGACCUGUAACUUCUUCUUUAAGAGGCUCCUCUGUCCUCCAAUCGUUACCUGUAUUAAUGGCACCUGUUUGAACUUGUUAUCAGUAUAAAAGACACCUGUCCACAACCUCAAACAGUCACACUCCAAACUCCACUAUGGCCAAGACCAAAGAGCUGUCAAAGGACACCAGAAACAAAAUUGUAGACCUGCACCAGGCUGGGAAGACUGAAUCUGCAAUAGGUAAGCAGCUUGGUUUGAAGAAAUCAACUGUGGGAGCAAUUAUUAGGAAAUGGAAGACAUACAAGACCACUGAUAAUCUCCCUCGAUCUGGGGCUCCACGCAAGAUCUCACCCCGUGGGGUCAAAAUGAUCACAAGAACGGUGAGCAAAAAUCCCAGAACCACACGGGGGGACCUAGUGAAUGACCUGCAGAGAGCUGGGAUCAAAGUAACAAAGCCUACCAUCAGUAACACUCUACGCCGCCAGGGACUCAAAGUCCGUGUUGCCCAGCGACAGCCCCAAAACAUCACUGCUCUAGAGGAGAUCUGCAUGGAGGAAUGGGCCAAAAUACCAGCAACAGUGUGUGAAAACCUUGUGAAGACUUACAGAAAACGUUUGACCUGUGUCAUUGCCAACAAAGGGUAUAUAACAAAGUAUUGAGAAACUUUUGUUAUUGACCAAAUACUUAUUUUCCACCAUAAUUUGCAAAUAAAUUCAUUAAAAAUCCUACAAUGUGAUUUUCUGGAUUAUUUUUUCUCAUUUUGUCUGUCAUAGUUGAUGUGUACCUAUGAUGAAAAUUACAGGCCUCUCUCAUCUUUUUAAGUGGGAGAACUUGCACAAUUGGUGGCUGACUAAAUACUUUUUUCCCCCACUGUAAGCAAAUACAUUUACUUAAUGUGCUCAUCUAAGGAAUAAUCCUCUAGGUGAUGCAUCAUGGGUGAAUAAAACUUUAUUCAAAAACUGAUUGGAGUUUUUACAGGAACUUGAAUUAUGGUAAUGAGACAUGUCCACAUACACUGUGAUUGUACGUAAUAAAUAGUAUAGUUUAAUGUAAACCAUUUUUAUGAUUUGUGGACAAACUACAGCAACACAUACACUACCGUUCAAAAGUUAUGGGUCACUUAGACAUUUCCUUGUUUUCCAUGAAAACAUACAUGAAAUGAGUUUGAAUAGGAAAUAUAGCAAAAUGCAUAGGAAAUGUAGACAUUGACAAGGUUAGAAAUAAUGAUUUUUAAUGAAAAUAAUAAUUGUAUCCUUUGCUUUCGUCAAAGAAUCCUCAAUUUGCAGCAAUUACAGCCUUGCAGACCUUUGGCAUUCUAGUUGUCAAUUUGUUGAGGUAAUCUGAAGAGAUUUCACCCCAUGCUUCCUGAAGCACCUCCCACAAGUUGGAUUGGCUUGAUGGGCACCUCUUACGUACCAUACGGUCAAGCUGUCCCACAACAGCUCAAUAGGGUUGAGAUCCGGUGACUGUGCUGGCCACUCCAUUAUAGACAGAAUACCAGCUGACUGCUUCUUCCCUAAAUAGUUCUUGCAUAGUUUGGAGCUGUGCUUUGGGUCAUUGUCCUGUUGUAGGAGGAAAUUGGCUCUAAUCAAGCGCCGUCCACAGGGUAUGGCAUGGCGUUGCAAAAUGGAGUGACAGCCUUCCUUCUUCAAGAUCCCUUUUACCCUGUACAUAUCUCCCACUUUACCACCACCAGACCAUCACAUUGCCUCCACCAUGCUUGACAGAUGGCACAAGCACUCCUCCAGCAUCUUUUCAUUUGGUCUGCGUCUCACAAAUGUUCUUCUUUGUGAUCCGAACACCUCAAACUUUGAUUCGUCUGUCCAUAACACUUUUUUCCAAUCUUCCUCUGUCCAGUGUCUGUGUUCUUUUGCCCAUCUUUUAUUUUUAUUGGCCAGUCUGAGAUAUGGCUUUUUCUUUGCAACUCUGCCUAGAAGGUCAGCAUCCCGGAGUCGCCUCUUCACUGUUGAUGUUGAGACUGGUGUUUUGCGGGUACUAUUUAAUGAAGCUGCCAGUUGAGACCUGCAUUUGUCCUCUUGCUCAGUUGUGCACCGGGGCCUCCCACUCCUCUUUCUAUUCUGGUUGGAGCCAGUUUGCGCUGUUCUGUGAAGGGAGUAGUACACAGUGUUGUAUGAGAUCUUCAGUUUCUUGGCAAUUUCUCGCACAGAAUAGCCUUCAUUUCUCAGAACAAGAAUAGACUAACGAGUUUCAGAAGAAAGUUAUUUGUUUCUGGCCAUUUUGAUUCUGUAAUUGAACCCACAAUUGCUGAUGCUCCAGAUACUCAACUAGUCUCAAGAAGGCCAGUUUUAUUGCUUCUUUAAUCAGCACAACAGUAUUCAUCUGUGCUAACAUACUUGCAAAAGGGUUUUCUAAUGAUCAAUUAGCCUUUUUUUAAAUGAUAAACAUGGAUUAGCAAACACAACGUGCCAUUGGAAAACAGGACUGAUGGUUGCUGAUAAUGGGCCUCUGUACGCCUAUGUAGAUAUUCCAUUAAAAAUCAGCCGUUUCCAGCUACAAUAGCCAUUUACAACAUUAACAAUGUCUACACUCUAUUUCUGAUCAAUUUGAUGUUAUUUUAAUGGACAAAAAAUGGCUUUUUUUUUGAAAAACAAGGACAUUUCUAAGUGACCCCAAACUUUUGAAUGGUAGUGUGUGUGUACAGUGAGGGGGAAAAAGUAUUUGAUCCCCUGCUGAUUUUGUACGUUUGCCCACUGACAAAGAAAUGAUCAGUCUAUAAUUUUAAUGGUAGGUUUAUUUGAACAGUGAGAGACAGAAUAACAACAAAAAAAUCCAGAAAGACGAAUGUCAAAAAUGUUUUGAUUUGCAUUUUAAUGAGAGAAAUAAGUAUUUGACCCCCUCUCAAUCAGAACGAUUUCUGGCUCCCAGGUGUCUUUUAUACAGGUAACGAGCUGAGAUUAGGAGCACACUCUUAAAGGGAGUGCUCCUAAUCUCAGUUUGUUACCUGUAUAAAAGACACCUGUCCACAGAAGCAAUCAAUCAAUCAGAUUCCAAACUCUCCACCAUGGCCAAGACCAAAGAGCUCUCCAAGGAUGUCAGGGACAAUAUUGUAGACCUACACAAGGCUGGAAUGGGCUACAAGACCAUCGCCAAGCAGCUUGGUGAGAAGGUGACAACAGUUGGUGCGAUUAUUCGCAAAAUAACUGUCAAUCUCCCUCAGCCUGGGGCUCCAUGCAAGAUCUCACCUCGUGGAGUUGCAAUGAUCAUGAGAACGGUGAGGAAUCAGCCCAGAACUACACAGGAGGAUCUUGUCAAUGAUCUCAAGGCAGCUGGGACCAUAGUCACCAAAAAAACAAUUGGUAACACACUACGCCGUGAAGGACUGAAAUCCUGCAGCGCCCGCAAGGUCCCCCUGCUCAAGAAAGCACAAAUACAUGCCCAUCUGAAGUUUGCCAAUGAACAUCUGAAUGAUUCAGAGGAGAACUGGGUGAAAGUGUUGUGGUCAGAUGAGACCAAAAUGGAGCUCUUUGGCAUUACAUUUACAUUACAUUUUCGUCAUUUAGCAGACGCUCUUAUCCAGAGCGACUUACAAAUUGGUGCAUUCACCUUAUAGCCAGUGGGAUAACCACUUUACAAUAUAUAUAUAUUAUUUUUUUUGGGGGGGUGGGGUAAGGGGGGGUCAAAUACUUAUUUCCCUCAUUAAAAUGCAAAUCAAUUUAUAACAUUUUUGACAUGCGUUUUUCUGGAUUUUUUUGUUGUUAUUCUGUCUCUCACUGUUCAAAUAAACCUACCAUUAAAAUUAUAGACUGAUCAUUUCUUUGUCAGUGGGCAAACGUACAAAAUCAGCAGGGGAUCAAAUACUUUUUUCCCUCACUGUCUGUAUAUAUUAUGUUAUGUUUUAUUCAAAUAAAACUGGUUUCAUGAGAAUCACCUGGCUACUGGUAGCUAGCAUGAGGACGAAAAGGGCAGUUUUCCAGGAAAACUAGCAGUAUUUCAAUCUUCUUGGUGGAGCAAUGUGGAUAAAGGUACAAUUUGGAGCACAGUGGCAUAUCCCAUCCCUGCAUUGAGGUAUGUUUUCCGACCCAUAUCGCACGCCGGCUCCAUGGUUUCUUAAUGUAACCAUGAUUGCAUUCCGACCUCAGUGCAGCUCAGUGUAAACAAGAGUAACGGAAGGGUCGGUAUCUUCUGGCAAGGUGCAUUGAAGCUGUUCUGUCUCGUGGAGGCCCAACGCCCUAUUAAGAUACUUUAUGUUGGUGUUACCUAUGGAUAGAGCUGAUACUUCUCAACAAGACUUGGUAUUAAAUUCUACAUUCAUGAGUGUUUCUCCCCUCAGGAUAAAAGAACAGAUGUCAAAUCAAUGUUUUGAGAUGGCAGUGAAGCUCCAAGCAGGUAAAUUACAUUACCUUUAUUACUGAAUUGGGUAUGCUGAUAUACUAUGUGACAAUAAGAGUGUAAUUAUUUAGCAAUUUCAAAUGUUCUUUAACAGGAAAAAGCAAAAUAUCUUCUUGCAGUGCAUCUGAUGCUGAGAAAGACUUGUGAGUGUCUUUAGUUGGCAAUAUCAUCUCAUGUAGGCCUAUCCAUAACUAAAAGGGAUCUUUUCUCAACUCAGAUUUUGAAAAUGUGGAUUUAUUUGUCUGUUGAUAAUCCACAGGCCAGAUUAUGCUAAUACCUUGGAGGAAGCAAAAAUCAUUCAUUUUAACAAGACAUUGGCCUUACACAGGUAACAAUCACAUUUCUGUAUUGAUAUGUAAAGUAAUGGUCUUUCAAGCCUUGAAUUACUAGUACAUUAGUUAUGAUAAUAGGCAUUUGUUGCUUGCAAACCCUUUAUGUAGAAGGUUGGAGCAUCAGUUCCAUUUGGACAGUUUUCUAUUACCGAUUAUACAUUGUGUUGUAUUUGUCAGGAUGCAGGUGUGGCAUGCCAUUUCUGAGAAGCUGAAACAGAGUGAUCCAGAGGCUGUGUAAGUCCAUCAGGAGCAGAUUCUAAUACCCUGUUUGCGUCCCAAAUGGCACUCUAUUCCCUAUAUAGUCCACUUCUGUUUACCAGAGCCCUAUGUACUAUAUAGGAAAUAGGGUGCCAUUUUGGAUGCAGACCCUGUCUUAUUAAUAGCAACAACAAAAAAAAUGUAUAUAUUGGAAAGUGGUUGUCCCACUGGCUAUCAUAAGGUGAAUGCACCAAUUUGUAAGUCGCUCUGGAUAAGAGCAUCUGCUAAAUGACGAAAAUGUAAAUGUAAAUGUUAAGGACUCAAGCAGUUCCUCCUAAACUGGCAUUUGAGAAGAAAAAUAUUAUUAACACUACCAUUGAUAUACUUUGGGAUUGAUUUUAAUUUGUUUGCAUUGUUUGUAAAAAUGUCAGUUACACAAACCACAUAGUUAUCAGUUAUUUACCUACCUACAUUAUUAGUACACUGUACCUGCCUAUACUGUACAUACCUACCAAUUUAAAAACAUGUAACUAUAUAUUUUUUAGCACUACUUGAUGUAGUGUGGGGCCUGUAUCUUUUUCUUCCAGAGCGAUGAGGGGAAUGACCAGUUGUAGCCUAGACCUUUGUUCAAGGAUAAAGACACUUCAGCAGGUGGGUGCAUCUGUUAUCAAUGUGGUUGGAAGUUUUCAACAAUCUGAUUGUGUGACUGUUAUUCAACAGUUUUAUAAAUGAAAACAGAAUGUUUAUUGCUUUCAUCAGAAAAAUGGUGCAGUCAUUGGCUUGGCUCUGCUGCGGUGUUGUCACCAAUUGUUGCAGAUUUAUGGAAUGUUCUUUCUGACCUCUUGUUUGCUUUGUCAACAGGAAUCAUGUGCGCUUCAGGACCAAAUCACAGACCUUCAAAAGCAGAGGCUAGGUAUUACAUCACCCACACUAUUACUGCUUUACCAAGGAUGUAUAGGAAAGUAAAAAUGUAUUGUUUGAACCUAUUCUUAUGAGGGUGUAAGAAUUCACUACAUUUUAAUGAAGAUUAACGAUCGCCUUCUUAGUGAAUGUUUUCAUACUUUGCCUUGUAGUUCAGGAGGAGAAGUGAACUGAAUAAUAUAAAAGAAAAUCCCUCAAGCAUAUUUUAUUCUUUGACAUUUAUUUUCUCCUUUCUGCAGAUCUAAAGCGUCUCACUCAUGAGAAGAUGAAGGAGAUGGAUGAACUGAAGAGGAAGAGGGAGCACCCAGAGGCAGAGAAGUACAGAAACGUCCUGCAGAAAGGCCAGUCUCACCUGGAGAAGUACCAGAAGAUGGCCACCAUCACACAGAAUGUCCUGCGGGUAAAUUGGCCUCUUUUUAUAUCUUUACGAAUACAGCUCUUUAUUCUUAGGGGCUGUCCCAAUAAUAUCUAAUUUCUUCUGAAGUGUGUACUUGUUUACUUCUUCUCACAAAUCUAAGAGCUUUGUAUUGGUGGAGUUAUGGGCUCGUGGGAAUGUCCAGUCAUUUCCUUCCAAAUCAGUAAAGGGAAAUUAACAAGUGCACACUUGGGGAAGAAUGAGAUUUAAUUAGGACACAUCCUUAGUGCCAAGAGGAUGAUCGCAUUUUACCUGUUCUGUUAAUAAUGUCAGAACUCAUGAUGCUAUGUUAUUUUUUUCUCCAGGGGAUCAUCAUUGCCAGUAAAGUGAACUGGAGAGAUGACCCCAAACUGAGAGACAUCGCCAUGACGCUGGAGGACAUUCCCAUCUCUGACUAAUGAGCACUCCGCAUGGAAGGGAAAAUUUGUUGUAACAUUGUUUAUACAUAUAAUAUGUACAGCUAUCAAAGGUGUAGUUUGAGAGAGAGAAGGAACAACAUUUUAAUAUCACACCAGAUAUAAAAUAUUAACUGAUGUUAAGAGCACUUAGUUAAAUGCAUAAUACACUGCAUCAGAGAUGGACAUCGUUUUGUUCUUGUAAUAAACCAUUAGUUGUUUUUUAUUCAAUAAAAGCAUAUUUGUACAUUUUAGUCAUUUAGCAGACGCUCUUAUCCAGAGCGACUUACAGUUAGUGAGUGCAUACAUAUUUUUAUUUAAUUUUUUUCAUACUGGCCCCCGUGGGAAUCGAAUCCACAAUAAUAAUAAUAAUAUGCCAUUUAGCAGACGCUUUUAUCCAAAGCGACUUACAGUCAUGCGUGCAUACAUUUUUUUUUUUGUGUAUGGGUGGUCUCGGGGAUCGAACCCACUACCUUGGCGUUACAAGCGCCGUGCUCUACCAGCUGAGCUACACGGGUCCCCUACUGUAUUUUGUAUUGACCUUGUUUUUAUGAAUAAAACUGAUGUUCACCAG